CUAGCAGAUAGGUGACUCCUUGUUCAAGCUGUCAGAGACCGGAUCGUUAACGGUCGUACUUCUUCAGGGGGCCGUCUAGCUGUAUCACGGCGGGAAGAGAGGGGCAUACAGACUCGUACGUCACCAUCAGCUGAGACUCAGCAUCGCCCAGAAUGAAGCUUGUUCGCUUCCUCAUGAAGCUCAACAACGAGUCCGUGACCAUCGAGCUCAAGAACGGAACCAUCGUCCACGGCACGGUGACAGGUGUGGACCCUCAGAUGAAUACACACUUGAAGACGGUCAAGAUGACCAUGCGCGGCAGGCACGAUGAGCCCAUCUCCCUCGACACGCUCUCUAUCCGCGGCAACAACACGCGCUACUGGAUCCUGCCUGACAGCUUGCCGCUGGAUAUGCUGCUGGUGGAUGAUGCGCCCAAGGUCAAGGGCAAGAGGAAGCCGAAGGAGCAGCAAGGACGGGGUAGGGGCAGGGGAAGAGGGAGAGGGGGAAUGAGGGGACGAGGCAGGGGAUUCUAGGCGUAAAGCUGGCUCAUUCUGUGAGGCAUGAGCAAUGCAGCACCAUCCAUGACCUCUCAUGACGAGGUCGAAUGGGGAACAGGCCGAGGCUGCGUGUUGCCGAGCGAGGAAAGGUUGGCUGAUGUUGGAUACUAGUACAUUGACAAUUGGGCUUCACUCUUGAAGCUCAUGUAGGGACACACCGUCCCAUCAUCUCCCCUUCUCCCCAUUCGUCCCUUCUUCCCUUAUACUCCCCGGCCCGAG